AUGGGCCGAGAUCAACAGCAGGCAAAUGAGCAUGUGGUGGCGGGGGAGACUGUAUUGGCGGGGGAGGCUCGAGUGGCGGGGGAGCCUGGAGUGGUCUGCGAGGGUGGAGCGGUGGGGGAGCCUGGAGUGGCGGGGGAGCCUGGAGUGGCGGGGGAGCCUGGAGUGGCGGGGGAGCCUAUAGUGGCGGGCGAGGGUGGAGUGGUGCGGGAGCCUGGAGUGGUGGGGGAGCCUGGAUUGGCUGGGAAGCCUGGAGUGGCGGGGGAGAAAGGAGUGGCGAAGGAGCCAGGAGUGACGGGGGAGCCUGGAGUGGCAGGGGAGAAAGGAGUGGCGAAGGAGCCAGGAGUGGCAGGGGAGCCAGGAGUGGCGGGGGAGCCAGAAGUGGCGGGGGAGCCAGGAGUGGCGGGGGAUGCUGUUGUGAGUCGUACCCCAAGGUGGCAGGAGAGAAAGACGGGAAAAUGGAAACGUGCUGAUGAGGGGUGUAGCAGUGACGACACGGAGGGUGAAGAGGCGGAUGUGCCUUGCCACUUCGUGUCUUUCCCCUCUCCCAACCCCAAUCACCCCCCACAUUCUUAUCACGCCCUUGCGGUUACUUUCCAUUCCCCCUUCCACCCCCUAUCAUCUCCAUAUGCCAUCACCUUACCUACCCCCUUCGCCAUCUCCCCCCUUUCCCCGCCGCCAUCACCUCUUGCAGCGUUGGCGGCAGCUGAUUGUUGGGGAGCAGAGAACGCCAUUGGUGAUAGUGUGGAAGGAGAAAGGGCGAUGGCGAGAUACGGACCCAUCCGGACCCGACGACAUCGUCAAGAAUCCCAGCGAUACAUCUUCCUUGGACCUGUAGAUGAGGACAUAGAACGGGGCAGAGGUAUUUUUGACCGGGUGUUUAGGUUGGGAAGAGAGCGGGGAAGGGAGGUGAUUGAAGAGGAUGGCGGGAUUCAUUCCUUCUCUGCCCUUGCAUUCAUUCCCUCUCUGCCCUCACCUUCAUACCCUCUCUGCAUUCACAUUAAUUCCCUCUCCGCCCUCACAUUCAUUUUGUAUCUGCCCUCACAUUCAUUCCCUCUCUGCCUUCACAUUCAUUCCCUCUCUGCCCUCACAUCCAUUCCCUCUCUGCCCUCGCAUUCAUUCCAUCUCGGCCCUCACAUUAUAUUCCUCUCUGCCCUCACAUUAAUUCCCUCUCUGCCCUCACCUCACAUUGAUUCCCUCUAUGCCAUCACAUUCAUUCCCUCUCUGCCCUCGCAUUCAUUUCCUCUCAGCCCUCACAUUCAUUUCCUCUCUGCCCUCACAUUCAUUUCCUCUCUGCCCUCACAUUCAUUCCCUCUCUGCCCUCAUAUUUAUUCUCUGUCUGCCCUCACAUUCAUUCCCUCUCUGCCCUAA